AUGCCGCCACCAUGGAGCACCCUCAACCGCUCCGGCUUUGUCCAAACCCUAGGCCGCAACGCGCUCACCGUCGCAAAAGGCUUUGUCUUCCUCCACGUAUGCUCUUCCUACAUUGGCGGCAUAUCCUCCACCAGCGGGAUCUCUAUGGUGCCUACGAUCCCCCACCAUUAUAAGGGCCACCCAUGGAUACUAUACUCGUCGCUUCAUCGUCGCGGUCGUAACCUCCGCGUUGGUGACAUCAUAACCUAUAAUCAUCCCAUAUUCCCCAAACAGAGCGGGUGUAAGCGCAUCAUUGGGAUGCCGGGCGACUUUGUCAGUAUUGUCACGCCGGGGCGCGGGGAAGAUGAUGUACAUGCGGUGGAUCAUGAGGGGAAAUGGGCGAGCGUAAGGGAAGAGGUCAUAAGAGUGCCAGAAGGACAUUGUUGGGUACAAGGCGAUAAUCUGGAAUGGAGUAGGGAUAGUAGACUGUUUGGACCGCUGCCGUUGGCGUUGGUCAAAGCCAAGGUAUUGGCUGUUAUGCUGCCGUACGGUGAGGCAAAGUGGAUCGAAAACGAACGUGAUGUUGUGGAUGUGAAGGAGGGGGAAAGAGAGUGGGUGUUGAAGUAGAAGGGAGUAUCACGGGAGGAACAAAACAACACUGGGGAGCAAUAUACGAGGGAAAGAGUUAUUAUCCUAGGCAAGCUAUAUACCCAAAGAUCAGUCUCAAAGAGCCAAAAGGAACCGACAACGCAUCAACAUGUCGAACAAGCUGCAACAUCAAUUGUUGUCGUGGGGCUGCCUUCCAGGCGUCCGCCAAAACAAAUCAUGAAUUUCAUCAUCCUGUUCA